GAGAACCGCCAAAUUCGUCAUUGAUUUUUUUACCCAAACGAGUCCAAGUCGAGACGUCCGCUGGCGCAGCCAUGGCGUCCGCCGAAACCCUAGCUCGCUCCCCCUCGCGCGAGCCCUCCUCAGAUCCGCCCCAGGCCGUCUCGUCGGAGCCCCCGCGCGACCCCUCCUCCGAACCUCACGGCAACUGCGACGGCUCCGGCGCGGGCGCUGGGGACUCCUCCUCCCGCCGCCGCCGCCGCAGCCGCUGGGAACAGUCCAACGACGACUCAGCCGCCAACAACUCCGGCGGCGAGGGCGGGUCCGGGGCCCGGAAGCGCAAGACGAGGUGGGCCGAGGAGGAGCCGCGCGCGGCCAUCGCGCUCCCGGACUUCAUGAAGGACUUUGCCGCCGAGAUGGAUCCCGAGGUUCACGCCCUCAACGCGCGCCUCCUCGAGAUCUCGCGCCUGCUACAGUCGGGUCUCCCGCUCGACGACCGCCCCGAGGGUGCGCGCUCGCCGUCGCCCGAGCCCGUCUACGACAACCUCGGCAUACGCAUCAACACCCGCGAGUACCGCGCCCGCGAGCGCCUCAACCGCGAGAGGCAGGAGAUAAUCUCCCAGCUCAUCCGCCGCAACCCCGCCUUCAAGCCCCCCUCCGAUUACCGCCCGCCCAAGCUCCAGAAGAAGCUCUACAUCCCCAUGAAGGAGUACCCAGGGUACAAUUUCAUUGGGCUCAUCAUUGGCCCGCGGGGCAACACGCAGAAGCGGAUGGAGAAGGAGACUGGUGCGAAGAUCGUCAUCAGGGGGAAGGGUAGUGUCAAAGAAGGGAAGCUGUUGCAGAAGAGGGAUCUCAAGCCAGAUCCCAGCGAGAAUGAGGACCUCCAUGUGCUUGUUGAGGCAGAGACUCAAGAGGCGUUGGAUGCAGCUGCUGGGAUGGUGGAGAAGCUGCUAACCCCAGUUGAUGAGGUGCUGAACGAGCACAAGCGGCAGCAGCUCCGAGAGCUUGCGGCGCUCAAUGGGACAAUUAGGGACGAUGAGUUCUGUAGGACAUGUGGGGAGCCUGGUCACAGGCAGUAUGCUUGCCCCAAUAAGAUGUCCACGUUUAAGAGUGAUGUGCAGUGCAAAAUCUGUGGUGAUGGUGGGCACCCAACAAUUGAUUGUCCAGUCAAGGGAACAGCGGGGAAGAAGAUGGAUGAUGAAUAUCAAAAUUUCCUGGCUGAGCUUGGUGGUGGGAGUGCACCCGAGUCCAUGACAAAAUCUGGUGGUCCGAUGUUGGCUCUUACAGGAGGUGGUGGUAGUGGUGGUGCUUCUGCUGGUAGUGGGAAUAACCCGCCUUGGUCUGCUGCAGGUGGUGGUGGUGCGGCUGCCACUGGGGCCAAUGGUAUUAAGAAGGACUAUGACGAGACAAAUCUGUAUAUCGGGUACUUGCCACCUACAAUGGAUGAUGCAGGAUUGAUCAGUCUGUUUUCACAAUUUGGGGAUAUUGUUAUGGCUAAGGUGAUCAAGGAUCGAAACACUGGGCAUAGCAAGGGAUAUGGAUUUGUAAAGUAUUCAGAUGUCUCACAGGCUAAUGCUGCGAUUGCUGCAAUGAAUGGCCACCAUCUCGAAGGUAGAGUUAUUGCAGUUAGAGUUGCAGGCAAGCCUCCACAGCCGGCACCGGCAGUUUCAGCACUACCGUCAUAUCCUCCUACAGAUCCUGCUUCUGGUGGCUAUUCCUCCCAAUCCUACAUGGGGGCACCUCAUCCUCCUCCACCAGGGAGUUAUGCUCCAGUUCCAUGGGGGCACCCACCACCAUAUGCUUCAUAUCCUCCGCCACCACCAGUCUCUAGUGUAUACAAUCCUGCACCCCCUGCACCAGGUCAGACAACCCCACCUCCAUAUGGUGUGCAGUAUCCUCCACCACCACCACCCCCAGCAGCUCCAAUCCCUCCACCAGGCACUGCUCCAUCAAGUGAUGGAGCUCAGAAUUAUCCCCCUGGUGUAACACCACCGAGUUCUGGAGCACCCACUCACACUGCCCCAACUCCAGUAUAUGCAUCCUCUGGCGCACCAAAUGCACCACCAAUGUACCCUCCACCACCUUAUAGUUAUUCCCCAUACUAUCCUACAUUUCAGCCACCACCUCCACCACCACCAGCUAGUGUUGAUCCCUCUCAGAGUAUUGCAACUGCACCUUGGGCCACCCACAGUACAGUGCCGCCACCUCCACCACCUUUGUCCACCACCGACCAGCCAGCUUCCUAUGGUGCUGAUGCAGAGUAUGACAAGUUUAUGUCAGAGAUAAAGUGAUAUGAGCAGAUAUGAGCCAAGCUUGGGUGAUUUCUUUCCAACGAAAGGCGAAAGCCUGGGAAAUAUGGAAGCAAAGAAAUGGUUACAUCUUUAGAAACAAAAUUCCUAGUUUUCAAGCUUGGAAGACUUGCUUCAUCGAUACCAUUAAAUGGCAGUUGCUUAGGUGUAAAGAAUCAGAGCAUUCUGUAGUGCUAGCGUGGCUAGAUUCAAUUUAGUUUCCUUCCUUUUUUCAUUCAAUCCCCUCCCUCUUUCUCUCGGUUUGUACAGUUUCUAACCCUAACUUGUAUUCUUUCCUUUUUUAAUAUAUAUUUUUUUACCACAGUAGGGGUUUUCCCCUACUGUUUUCCCCUUCAAAAAAAAACAUUUCGUUCGACUUAAUGAGUUUGCACUACAAUAAUUCUUAGUCUCGACAUGGUGUGAACUAAUUAUGCAGGAUGAAUUUGUGCAAGAUUUUUACUCUUUUUGUUUAUAAGGAUAAUUUUUUUGAGAUGUAGGGUUUUAUUAAACCAAGUUGCCCCUGAUGUUUAUAAUGAAGCUAGGACUGACAUGCUCAUUGCUUGUCUAGGAUGGUAGGAAGUCAGUAAAACUCUUUGCAAGACAAUAUUCAGUUUUGAUAAGAUAUGAUAUUUCAAUUUUUUUUAUUGAGAAAGGAACACCUGAAUAUUUUGGCAGGACUUUCUCAUGCACUGUAGUUUAUAAACAUAAGUAAAUUUCAGUAGAUUAUAUGCUUGCAUUAUGCUUUGCCCCUCUGUGCAAUGAUUUACUAACUAGACCUCACCUUUUCUAUGUUGUCUCAACUUUUUUUGACAGGCUUGAUCUUUCUUGGAGCUUAUACCGACCUGAUUUAUUUCUUGUUGGAAGUUUGGGACUCACAUCUUAACCUUGCUGUGUGCUGUUGUGACCAUUGCAGAGGUUGCAUGCUUAAGAAAGUAUGGCACACUACUUCAGCAGGCAUCGGAAUAUUUUCCUUCUCAUUUGGGAGCUGUUUUAUGGAACCUUUUACUAAUGCGUUUGUUAUGAUAUUUCUUGUCAUUAUUUGAGAUUACCAUAUGAUGUCACUUAAUGCUCUAUUGUUUGAUUACCCUUAUAAGUGCUAUUCUUACUUUAUUGUUUGUAUAUUUUGUUCUUCUUCGCCUUGAUUUGGUAAGUGCUAGCAGUCCUCAACAUCAGGAGCAGAAAAGCUUGCUGCCCCUUACUGGUUGAUAUGACUUAGAAAUGCAUGUUUGACAUCUGAUGAAUCUGUCAAGCUUUCAUCUUACGCCUUUGCCUAAGUUGUUUGGCAGUUCUCGUGACAGAUUGGCACAGGCAGGCAGAGUUUUUAGCACUUGAUGAAUAUCAGGUAUAAUGGAGAUGCUGUCAAUUGUACUGUGGAACCUAACGUUUUCAAUGUGGCUUCUUUACAUUUCCUACUGACAAACACAGUAAUGAGUUUCUCACUGUUGGUAGAUGUGUGCAUGAGGGUACCAAAGCAUUACAUACCAUGCCGGAAUCUUUGGCGCAGAACUUGCCUAUAUUUUUUAUAUUGCUAAUGUUCUUAACAUUGUUGGAGUUUUUGUGCGGUUCAAGUAGGACAUGCCGGCAUGCAGGAUGUAGUCUGGAGUCUAUGCUCAAGAUGCAUACUGUCACAAUGAUAUUUGUGGGCUCAUCUGAAGGUUUGGAAGGUAGCUAGCUGUGAUUAGUUUUUUUUCCCCUAGAUGUAUAGGAAAGAAGUAGGAUAUUACCAUAUUAGGAAUGUGAUGGUUAGUCAUCACAACCAACAGUAGCUACAUUUACAUCACGUUGCAGUUAUGCCAUCUACCUGGCUUUGCUGGCAUUGUUUUGUAGGUGUUAUCUGCUCUAUUUUUCCCUGUCCUAUCAAAGUCUUCUUUUUUCCAGUGUGCUUUAGAUGGAAAGAUGUAAGGAUUGAUGGUAUCUUUUUUUCCUAUAUGUCUCUUCUGCUCUGCC